AUGGGAUUAACAAAGGCAGAAGCAGAAUCCGCUCUCAGAGCCAAUAAGUGUGAUAUCAUUGCAACUUUGACUUGUUUAGUCAAGCAAUAAAAAAAAAAAAAAAAAACGUGAUUUUUUUUUUUUUUUUUGCCACGUCACAAUACCAAUUUUCGUGUUUUUCCCCCUUUUUUAUAAUAAAGUAAUGUUUGUGUGUGUGUAUAUUUUUCUCUCUCUUUCUCUCUCUCUCUUUUCAUUAUUAUUAUUAUUACACAACCAUGGUCAAAACUACCAUUAUCGCAAGAAUAUCAGAUGGACUUCCUUUAGCCGCCAGCAUGGAUGACGAACAAGUCGAAACAGAAUUGUCUGAAUAUAAAGGACAAGCAAAGACCAUCUUUAAGCGACUCAACACAAAUUCAGAACCGAGAUGUUCCAUCGAGUCAGGAAAAUACGUGUUCCAUUAUAUCAUUGAAGGAAGUGUCUGUUAUCUCUGUAUCUGCGAUCAAUCUUACCCUCGUAAGCUUGCAUUCAGUUAUUUAGAAGAAUUGGUCAAGGAAUUCAACAUGAGUUAUGGUAACGAGGUGGAUAAGCCUGGAUUGAGACCUUAUGCCUUUGUCAAGUUUGAUACAUUUAUGCAAAAGACAAAGCGAAUUUAUCAAGACACACGUACGCAAAGUAAUCUUUCUAAACUCAAUGAAGAUUUACAAGAUGUGACACGUAUCAUGACCAAGAACAUGGAGGAUUUAUUAUGGCGUGGAGAUAGUUUGGAUCGUAUGAGCACCAUUUCCGGUGAAUUAAAGGAUAGCGCUAAAAUGUUUAAGGAUAAAGCACGUCAUUUAAAUUUACAGGCCCUCUAUCGUAAAUAUGGUCCUCCUGCUAUUGUUGCUUCUGUCAUUUUAUUUGUGAUGCUUGUACGCUAUUAUUGGUUCUAAAUAAUAAUAAAAUUUUUAUGUUGCGAUAACCAGCCUUGACUGUCUUCAUCGCUUACGGCAAUCGUGCCUUGGGAAAGGUACGAUCGGUGAUUGGCCUCUAAUCGAUCUUGAAUAUAGUUAUAAUUAA